UGUUUGAGUUUAAUCAUUAACUCAUCCUUUCUAUUUCGAAUUCCUCCUGAUGACAGCAAGACUGGCUGAGUUGUGUCGCGUCAUUGCGCUUUCUCAAUUAACUGCUUGCUUGUUUGAUUUAUUAAGUUUCACCUUCCAGGAAACAGGAUUCAACACCUCUUUGAUUAAAUCCAAACCUGUUUUACCGUAAAGGUACAGAAAGUGAAAGGAAGAAAUAAACACACAGCCAUUGUCUACCUGAGCGUCGCAGUUGGAUGUCACACAAGAGGACGAGAUGCCACAAAUGAUGGAUAAACCGACCGAAAAUCCCAGUGAGGACAGAGCGUCCCUCGAGAGCAACGGGAAGACGCCGACCAACGGUGUUUUCCAUUCAGUCAGGACCAGCAUUCAGCAAGUGGUCGAGAAUAUCCCGCAGUCACCCAGUCUGAGCGCUGGCUCUCCCGUGACCUCCCCUCUCAAGAACAUCGCAGGAUUUUUCCAGAAGAAAAAGGAAGACGAGGCUGAAGACCCCCCAGGAAGGAAGAAAGGUCUGAAACGUUCACAGACAGCUCCCAACAUGGCCUGGGCCGGCGGCUCCAUGAGGAACACAAUGAGGUCCAUUCGUCAAAGCCUGAGAUCGAACAAUAAGACGGACAUCCCCAUCUCUAAAGUCCCAGCAGGGGACCAGAAGGAGGAGAAGGAAGGGGAGGAGGUGGUGCAAGAGGAGGUGGUGCAGGAGGAGGUGGUGUGGGAGGAGGCGUACACGCUGCCGGAGAUACCACACACACCACUGUCAGUGAUGCAGAUCAAUAAGCUGAUCGACAUGGAGGUGCUGGAGGAGGCUCACCUGAACCUGCUCGCCCUGCGACAGGAGUUCAAGCAGGAAUAUAGUGGGGAGGACUCGCCCAUGCAGCUGGCCAAGAAGGAAAAAGACCUCAGCCUCCUCUAUGGAUAUCUGAGGGAAAAAAUCAGCACCAUCGUGCGCAACUCCAACUCUUUUCCCUCCAGAAACAAGGAGCUGCUGGUUCUCGUGGCCCGCAUCAUCCAAGAGGAGGAGAGGAGAUCUGACGAAUGCGGUGGCCUUCAAGACAGCUGGAUGGGGAGCUGGAGGGAGGCAGUGGGUGAAGGGGUGCAGAUGAAGGUGGACAGCGUCCACCUGGAGCAGAGCGAGCAGAACAUCUCCUGGCUGGCAGUUCAUCUGGGUCUGCUGGGUAAGGCCAUCGUGGAGGACCUGGAGAACGUGAAGAGGGAGCUGCAGUCGUCGUACCCACCCAGCUUUAAAGUCUUCAGCACAUAUGUGAACAGUUACCACAGAGUGCUGGGGCAGCACCUGAAGAAGCUGGAGCAACAGGUGACAGACCUGAAGGACAUGCAUGCUCUGCUGGACUGGAUCAUCAACCGCUACAAGAGUGAUAAGAUCAUGGGCAGCGCCUUCCUGCAGGCAGACAUGAAGGACGAGAGCCUCGAUCUGCAGCUGGAGGACGACUUCCUGGAAAAGCUGAGGGACAAAUACUGCUGCAGAGUGAAGGAGGACCUGAGCUUUUCACUGACCAGAAUCACUGACAUUGAAAAUGAGGAAGUUUGGAUGGAAAAGAAAGUACACAGUGACACAGUGGAGGACUUCCCCACCUCCAAUAUUGUCAUGGACAUCUGGACGAGAGUGAAGGGAUUUAUCCUGAUGUCUGGAAAAAUUGAUGCUCAGCUGAAACAGAAAGUUACGUGUUCCUGCCUUGAAGAGUUGAAACAGUUCCCCAAGAGGUUCGAGACGGAGUUCAGGUCUCACUGCAGCUCUCUCAGACCACAGCCUCUUUGGACAGACUAUCAGAUAACCUACAUCAACAGCUUCUCUGCCUUACAGCAGCCCAUGGAGGAAUACCAGGCCGCCUGUCCGGAUGAGGUGGAAGGGUUCAGAAGAGAGGUGAGGGGGCUGAUCGACCGGCUCAUGGAGGACCUGGAGGACCAGUUCAAAGAGAGCGUGAAGCCGUACCUGAGGAGGAUGAUGACGAGGAAGUGGCUCACCAGCGACGAGGACUUUAAGCAGCUUCAGAAUCAGACUAAGCUGCUUUCCCUGCCCUGCUCCCGAAUGAGACCUCCACACGCCCAGGAGUUUGCGAGCAGACUGCACUACCACGUGGUAAAGGAAUACAUCGGUCAGCUGAUGAAGAAUAACUACUCGUGCAAGAAUCGGAAACACGAGAAGGCGGCGAUGAAGAUCCGAGAGCAGUGUUGUGUGCUCAGGGAUCUGUUUGAGGAAAUGAAGUCGACCCACGAUUGGCUCCACCCAGUCGGAGACGACCUGAGUGACAUCAUGGCACAGAACAAGGCGAACAUUAAGGACCACCUGCAGCCAAUCGUGGAGCACUACCCCGACUUCAGCAAGAAGCACCUGAUUGCUGUCCUGUAUUUCCGAGGUCUGCUGAGAGGCCGCAAACACCGGCUGAUCCUGCAGAGACUGUCGGAGUUGAAACGGAGCAGCGGCAACGGCGGCAACAGGGGACAAGUUUUAUUCGGCGACAUGCAGGUCGCCGUCAACACUGACUGUCUGUCCAGUCUGCCUUUCUCCUGCCUCAGCUUCCUGCGGCCCAACAACUAGUGCGACACAGUGGAACGAUCAGUUUGACACAAGUUAAGGUUUCAAUUUAAACAAAGUCUAAAUUAAAAUCAAAUGACACACUUCCACUGUUUUCACACAUUCAACACUGCAGGCCUACACACGUGUGAACUUCUUCUGUUCUUUUAAGAGCAGAAAUUAGUCCAACAGAUUCAUGAAGGUCUCCUCGAACACACCAGUGCAGAAAUGCCUCAUGUGUUAUCACUUGUCAGACUUAUUAAAUGUGACGUGUUGCAUAUUAAGGGUUUCGGGCAUCGUGAGGAAAUUGUUUUCUGGGAAGAAAAUGUUACACCAGCUAAUUUGGAGAAAAUUCAAAGUUUGUCGGGAAUAAAGAGAUUGUGUAACUCUGAGUGUGAAGCUCUCACCAGAUGUAGCAAAUAAAAGGCAGGUUUCGAUGCUGUGAGGAGCUUUUCUCUCAGCAACUCGCUUCUGCGCUGGAUUUAUACUGUUUAUAUUGGACGUCAGUUUGAGAUUAAAGUGUCAUUAAAACUAAUAAAAACUGGAACAAUCUGAAACGCUGCGUGUCUCAAUGCCAUGACUGAGUCAUGUGCUGUUGAUCAGGGAGAUGAACGAGCGCGAGUCGUCCAAACCGCCUUCAGCCUUCAAAAUGAGAGUUUGUGUUUUAUUGUGAAAUCUGUGUCGUCUUUCUGUUGACUUUGUGCGUGUUCACAGCUGCUGGAACUCGCUUGGUGUGGUUCUCUUUGCACAAGUUAUGCAUUUGUUGAAUAAUUCAGUUCUCCUGUUUUUGUAAAUUGUUCAUAUGGAAUUAAGAGUCCGUAUUUGUUAUCUCAGGCUGUUUUUCAGAGUUUUUCAGCUUCCUCUGCACUGUGACACCUGUUUCAGGUAGUUCCUGACAAUUAUAUGAGUUUAAAUAUGAUAUUUUUUCUGUAUAUUUUGAUUUUCAUAUGUGCAAAUGGUGCCCAAAUGGGUUGUCUACAAAUAUAUAGCUUUGGGAAUUGUAAACCUAUUUAAUUUUUCUUAAUAAAACAUGCAAAACCAA